AUGAUUCUCUUUUCGGCAAUCCAGCCCACUGGAAGACUACAUUUAGGAAACUAUCUCGGUGCUAUUCGCCCUUGGGUUUCAUUAAUUUCAUCAAAAUUCACUUUAAAUGGCGAAAAUAAAUGCCCGCAACAAGCUCAUAAUAUAUAUUUUUCUUUGGCUGACUUGCAUGCUCUAACCUCCACGUCAUGGACAAUCUCAAGUGAAAAUAACAUUUCUGCUGCCAUUCAAUUGAUUGCCUGUGGAUUGGAUCCAAGGGAAUUUCCUUUUUCUCUUUUUAGACAAAGCCAGGAACGACGAAAAGUGCAUCCGAAUGGGACAGGUUCUGUAUCAGCUGGGAUUCUCACAUAUCCAAUUUUGCAAGCUGCAGACAUUCUAUCUACCCAUGUUCCUAUCGGAGAAGACCAAAUGCAACAUCUUGAAUUAUGUAAAUUUUUGGCCAAAAAGCUUCAGCAGUCAAGGUCCAUGCGGGAGUUUCCGAUCCCACAACCGCUUAUAACUCCAAAAGAAAAGGGUGGCAGGGUGAUGAGUUUGAACAACCCAAAUAAGAAAAUGAGCAAAUCCGACCCUGAUGAUUUUUCUCGCAUUAACAUUGACGAUGACCACAAUGUUAUUUACUCGAAAAUUAAGAGUGCGCUUACGGAAUCAAACCCAAGGUUUGAUAUUCCGCUCAAAGAAAUGUCACCUGCAAUGUCAAACUUGAUUACCAUUUAUAGCGCGGUUAAUGGAUCUCAUUCUGAUAUUACCAAGUUUGCAUCGAUUCAAGAAUUUAAAAAAUCACUGACAGAUUCUAUUAUAUCAACACUGCAGCCUAUUAAAGCGAAAAUAGAGCUCUUAAGAUGUGAUGAAAAAAUCGUGCAACAGAUAUUGCUUGUUGGGGAAGCCAACGCCAGGCAACGAGCCCAGGAAACAAUUAAAUUAUUAAAGCUUUAA